AUGACAGUGCAACUUGUGGCCAACUUUCCGGAACAGAGUACGGAGCUCCAAGAGCAUGAUGAAGUCAUCCUCAUGCAAGCACAGGUCAACAUCCAACAGGUCCUUCACUGUCCUGAUCAAUGUUUUGCCCCAGCGGAGUCACAGGAGACCUUAGGCCAGACAGGCAGCAAUUGUUUGCAUGCCAGUGGUGUUCCCGUCGCGCAUGGAGUGAACCUACCUUCGGGAGAUAAUGAACCGAACACAUAUGAGUUCAACAUUCAUGCUGCAGAGUACAUUCCAGGGGGCCCUAAUGUGCAGCCCCACCUUGGCUUGUACCAAACCUCAGUACAAGUCAAACAGGGACAAAGACGUCCUUUGGCCGAUUACGGUAACAACAGGGCCUAUGCUCAGGAAGAAGAUGAUACUCAGUCCCUCAUGGCCCAAGGUACCAAGGCACGCCCUCAGGACCCAGAUCCUUUCCUUGUCGACAACCCGGCCAUUGCACAACAGGAGGACGAUAUUGAAGAUGACAUUGAAUCGGAUGACUCUAUUGAAAGCUCUGACCCUGACUGGCAAGAGGCUACACUCUUCUCCCCCAGGUCAGUGCCGGUCACCCGUCAAAUUAACCUUCAGAGUCACCCCUUAAGAAGAUAUCAGAUUGCGCAUGCACUUCGGUGGGCCACAGAGGAGGUCAUGGAAGACUAUAGUUUGGCAGUCAGUCUACAAGAAAUGGCCAUCCACCCAUGCAAUGCCUGCUUCUCACCCAAUGUAACCAUCUCCCGGAGCAUCUUCCAUAUACGCGACGCCAUCGUCUUGGUGAAGCAGAUGUCCCGGGACCUGAGUCACAAGAAGUGCACGAGAUGGGACAAGGAACUUUACCAGACUAGUCGUAUCCAUGCAGCCACGUUCCAGAUCAGUGAUAAGUGCAUUGCGGGAGGAGUAUGCUAUGGGUAUGCGCAAGCUGCCGACUCCAGAGCAACCCAAGAGAUGACAGAUCAGCUCUUGAGCCAACUCACUUCCCUGAUUGUGGAAGGAUUUCCAGGUCCUGCCUUUGUCGCUGGAGACUUCAAUCAAAUCCCAGGCACCCUUGCUGAACCACAGAAGUGGGAAGCAAGAGGAUGGAAGGAAAUUCAAACCAGGGCCCAGGAGCUGUGGGGGAUCUCCCCGGGCCCCACCUGCUGUCAGGUAUCCCGCAAAGAUUUCGUCUACUUAUCACCAGCAUUGCAGACAUUGCUAGUUAGCUGCAGCAACACGUUUGACAAAUUCCCGGACCACUCAACGCUGGUAGGCAUCCUGAAUGGACCAUCCAAACCUACACCGAUUGCUCGCUGGCCUAAGCCUGCCGCUCUUGAUUACUCGGAGCUUACGCCACACAAGUUUGCAGCUCAUCCAUGCCAACCGGCACGGACUAAAUCCUCCCCAACGGAGCAAUACACGGCAAUCUGCCACGCCUUUGAGAACCACGUGAGUACAGUUCGAGUAGGUUUGGACGCCAUGUCCAGAAAAGAUUUGUUGGCCAUGCCUGCGUCGUCGUUAUGGUGGAAUAUGCAGCAUAGGAUCGAGUUAGCCCUCCAAUCUGCAGAGCCACUGACGGGAGCCACUUCGGAUGUAGUUAAAGCAUUCAACCACCUGCCGCGUGAGGUCACUUUCCAAGUUGCCAUUAGAAUGGGAGUUCACCCCCAGAUCAUUCGGGCAUGGGCAGCCUCAACGACUCAACUUAGAAGGCACUUUGUAGUGAAGAACUCACCUUCUGCACAGGUCAGCUCUACGACCGGUUUUGUUGAAGGCUGUGGCCUUUCAGUAGUAGCAAUGGUCCUUAUCAAUACACUGCUCCAUGCCUACAUCCAGCAGAAGCAUCCAGAUGUCACAUUCACCACUUACGUAGAUAACUUUGAACUUCAGUCGAAUCAAGUGACUGACACGUCUCAAGCAUUAAAAUCCUUGGACGGCUUCUGCAAGCUCCUAGACAUUCAACUUGACCAAAAGAAGACCUAUCGAUGGGCAGUCACGGCGGCAGGAAGACAAGAAAUCAGGGACGCAGAAGAGCUUGUUGUCAAGGCCGUCCGAGAUCUAGGAGCACAUUUGCAAUUUGAGUCCAGACAAACCAAUGCCACUGUCACGAGCAAAUUCAAAGCUCUCCCAGCAUUGUGGCAUUUACUGUCCCGCAGCCAGGCGACAUAUGACCAGAAGCUCAAGGUCUUACGCACAGUAGCGUGGCCCAGGGCAAUGUAUGCAGUCUCUACAGUGCAUAUAGGCAGUGCUCAUUUUGUUGAUGCCCGUGCUGGAGCCUUUCAAGCCAUUGGAGGUACCAAAGCAGGGGCUAAUCCCCAAAUACAUUUGUCACUGACGACCCACCCGUCAGCCGACCCUGAGUUUUACGCCCUUUGGAACACAGUCCAACAGUUCCGUAGGAACAUACCUCCAGAAUUGUUGGAUGCAACUUUGGCCCCCACAGCGGUAGUUCCUAAUCGCAAGCGGAAACCAGGUCCAGGUGGAGUGCUGAUCACCCGUUUGGAGGCCAUAUGUUGGGCAUAUAAGGCUGAUGGAAUCUUCACCGAUGGGGAAGGAGGCUCUCUCCACAUCCUUGACACACCAGUGCAAGAACUCCGAUGCCGACUCAUCCGAGCAUGGCAGCAAAUGGUAGGAUGUCAGUGGGAGCACCGUAAGGGCUUCCGGGGACUUCGCUUGGUAAGCACGGAGCUCUCAAAGCCAGCAUCCACAUUUGCCUCCGAUGAACUGGGAUUCAAAAGGGUCGCACAGAAUGGAACAUUUUACACGCAUGAUACCCUGCAACAUGCAGGGAUAGUUGAAGAAGCUAGUUGCAAAUUUUGUCAGCUUCAGGAUUCAGUGUUCCACCGUCAUUGGGAAUGUCCAUACACUGCAAGUAGCCGUAAUCUCAUCCCUGCAAAUAUCCUUGAGUAUAUUGCGCAUGCCCCGCAGUGUUUACAAGAGCAUGGGUGGGCUACCGAACCAGCUGAGCUUCGGGCCUAUCGAUCCAGCCUCACCCAGAUCCCGGAUACCCUCAAUCAUUUUGUAUUCCAUGGUCCCCCAAGAAGGCACUAUGACCUGUUCUGCGAUGGCACAGGGAUUGAUCCCAAACAACCUUCCACUCGACUAGUGGCAUGGGCAGUAGUUGUCGCAGGAAGUGAUCCACAACAACUCCACACUCCCAUAGCAUGGGGAGGGGUCCCUGGCCAGCAUCAGACGGUGAUCAGAGCUGAAUUAUUCGCCUUGUAUCCUCCCUCCUCUUUGGACUUCACCAGAGGAAAUGCCACGGAGCCACCUUUGCAAUUUGGAGUGAUUGUGAGCACAUCAUACGCAGGGCUAGGGCAAUCCAGCGCGGUUGGUUAA